UAGGGAGAUAGAUUUGGAGGAGCGCUAGACGGUGCCGCCAACAUGUUCACAGAGGCAUUCGACUCUAAUCUAAUCCCCAUGGAGUUCGUGAACAAAACUAGGAAGGAAGGACGUCUCAUCAUGGGUAUUGGCCACAGAGUCAAAUCCAUCAACAAUCCGGACAAGAGGGUGACCUUAGUUAAGGAGUUCUCUAAGGAGAACUUCCCGAAGACCACCCUGUUGGACUACGCCCUGGAGGUUGAGAAGAUUACUACGAGUAAGAAACCUAAUCUUAUUCUCAACGUUGACGGUUGUAUUGCUGUGUGCUUUGUAGAUCUACUGAGACACAGUGGAUGUUUCACCAAGGAUGAAGCUGAAACUUACAUAAAGACAGGUUCUCUGAAUGGAAUGUUCGUACUGGGACGAAGCAUCGGAUUCAUUGGUAACAUUUAGUUUCAUCCCCUUUAA